AUUUAUCAGAAAACAAGGACUAGAUCGGCUUUUCCUGGAAUGCGAUACCCACAUGUGGCGCCUUGGGGACCGGAGGAUCCCAGAAGGAAUCGCAGUCGACGGAGGGUCAGACUGGUUUCUCCUGAACAGGAAGUUUGUGGAGUAUGUCACUUUUUCUAAUGAUGAUCUGGUAACAAAGAUGAAGAGGUUUUACUCUUCCUUCUUUCACACUGUUCUGGAAAAUAGCCCUUACUGUGACUCCAUGGUGGACAACAACUUGCGCAUCACAAAUUGGAACCGUAAACUUGGUUGCAAGUGUCAGUACAAGCACAUUGUUGACUGGUGUGGCUGUUCGCCUAAUGACUUCAAACCAGCAGACUUCCACCGAUUCCAGCAGACUGCCAGGCCAACUUUCUUUGCCCGCAAAUUUGAAGCUGUAGUGAAUCAAGAGAUAAUUGGCCAGUUGGACUACUACUUGUAUGGCAACUACCCAUCUGGCACACCCGGCCUCCGAUCAUACUGGGAGAAUGUGUACGAUGAGCCUGAUGGCGUGCACACCCUCAGUGAUGUCGCCCUCACCAUGUACCAUGCAUUCUCCCGCUUGGGCCUGCGGAGAGCCGAGACUUCGUUCCAUGCUGCUGGAGACAACAGCUGCCGAUACUACCCCAUGGGCCAUCCAGUUUCUGUUCACCUUUACUUCCUUGCUGACCGUUUCCAAGGCUUCCUAAUCAGACACCACGCAACCAAUCUGGCUGUCAGCAAACUAGAAACUUUGGAAACGUGGGUGAUGCCAAAGAAAGUCUUUAAGAUCGCAAGUCCACCAAGCGAUUUUGGAAGGUUACAGUUCUCAGAGAUUGGCACCGAAUGGGACGCCAAGGAAAGGCUUUUCCGGAAUUUUGGAGGACUCCUCGGGCCGACAGAUGAGCCAGUUGGCAUGCAGAAAUGGGGAAAAGGCCCCAACGUCACCGUUACUGUCAUUUGGGUGGAUCCUGUUAAUGUAAUUGCAGCAACGUAUGAUAUUCUUAUUGAAUCCAGUGCUGAAUUUACUCACUACAAACCACCUUUGAAUUUGCCCCUGCGACCCGGUGUCUGGACAAUAAAAAUUCUGCACCACUGGGUACAGGUAGCUGAAACCAAAUUCCUUGUUACUCCUCUCACCUUCUCUAAUCGGCAGCCUAUCAAACAAGAGGAAGCCGUGAAGUAUCACAGCGGGCCUCCAAAGAAUGCGUACAUGGAGCAGAGCUUCCAGGGCUUGAACCCCGUCCUGAAUAUCCCCAUCAGCGCUGCCCGCGUGGACCAGGCCAAGCGGAAUGCGGGGCUCGUGGGCACCCGGCUGGAAGCCUGGGUGGACUCUCUGGUCAGCAGCGUCUGGUCAGCUGUGGACAUCUGCAGCACCGGCCCCACUGCCUGUCCGGUCAUGCAGGGCUGCGCUCAGACAGCCUGGAGCUCCCUGAGCCCAGAUCCCAAAUCUGAGCUGGGCCCUGUCAAACCUGACGGUCGCUUGAGGUAG